CGACAGAGGAAAGAUGGCUGCCACUGUGUUAGAUAUACCUUUAGCCCUUCUUGCUUUUACUGUGGGAUAUUGAAAGAAAGCUGUCAUGGAGAAGCAAAGACGCCAACUGACCCCAGAGCAAGAUGCCCUGGAGUACAUAGUUGCCUGUAGAGACAAACCCUUCCUGGAGGAAAAGUUUAUCAACUCCUUUAAAGGGAAAGGAGUGUUUACCAGCAGAGCCAUUGAACCAUCCGCGUUUGUGGUUGAAUAUCGGGGGGAAAUCUUCUCUCCAAAAUACACAACGCGUAAGAAGAAAUGUGGCGAUAAUCUGAACAAAUAUUUCUUUGAGUUUUCAUGGAAAGGAGCACAGUGGUGCGUUGAUGCCUCAAAGGAUGACGGGACCCUUGGACGGCUUGUGAAUGACGAUCACAUAAGUCCCAACUGUGAAAUUAAGAACAUUUUCUCUGAGGGAAAACCACACUUGUGCCUGUUUGCUGUAACAGAAAUAUCUCCAGGUGAGGAGAUAACUUACGACUAUGGGGACUCGUCUUACCCAUGGCGAUCAAUGGCGUCCUACGAUGGAUCGAGUACUUCCUACUCAGGCAUUCACGCUACUACAUCAACACCAAGGAAUGAAAGGAAUGAGGACUCGUCAGCUUCAAGCUCGGACAAUUCCAGCUCUGAUGAUGAUGACUUUGAACUUCCUGACAGUCGAACAAGUCAUGGCAGUGACAGUUUUACCAAUAUGAACCACCAGCUGGAUUUCAUGGACAAUUCAGCUUUUGCAGAUCUAGACUCUUCUCAGGAGAUGAUGGGGACCUCUAUGCUGCAACCAGAUAAUGCUUCUUGCAGCCAGCAGGAAGACGACUCUGCUUUCAACCCUGAGGAACUCGACAGGAAUGGAAACUCCAAAUCCAGGAAGGCUAGACCAAAACCCAAAAGAGGUUCUAGUCCCAAUAAAAACUAUUGUUAUGUCUGCGGUAAAGGUCAUACUAAAAUUUCUCGCCAUCUCUUAAAGCAUGCUAAGGAAGUUCCUGAAAUCGCUAAAGCUAAGUCAUUACCGAAGACUUCCAAGAAACGAAAAGAGUUAUUUAGUGAAUUUCGUAACAGGGGAAAUUAUCAACAUAACCAAGGGGUGUUAAAGGAGAACAGUGGAGAGUUAAAACUGAAAAGACGACCUACCACCAGUGCGAUCACUUCUAAAACCCAUGUGCACUGUAUUCAUUGUAAAUGCAUGUAUUUACGUAAUGCUUUGUGGAGGCACGUAUCCAGAUGUCCUUCUAGGACAACGCCAUACUCCACAAAGGACGGCAGGGCAAAAGUCUUAAUUGAAACUGCUCUUUCAGAGUCACCGUUCUCCAAAGAAAUUACAGCUGAUGUGUGGAAGUUGCUCUCAACUAUGAAACUUGAUGAGAUCUCAUCUGCAGUUGUAAAUGAUUUUCUUCUUAUACAGCUGGCACAGAAUCUGAUCAAGAAGUAUGGAAAUAACCAGAAGAAAUAUGAAAAAAUAAGAAGCAGUCUGCGAGAAAUGGGAAGACUUUUGUUGGCAUUGUUCGAAAUGUCGAUAUUAAGCUUUGAGGAUGCUAUCAAACCAAAACAUUUUUACAAAGUUGUAGAGGCUGUCAAAGACCUCGCUGGUUUUGAUAAAAAGAUGCAGAGCUAUAACAUACAAAGUCUUCCUUUGAAAAUUGGACAGUCACUGAAAAAAAUCUGCACAAUUGUCCUCGCUGAAAGUAAUAGUAAUGAGCAGAUGUUGAAGGACGCAAAAGCAUUCUUGAAACUGUUUGAAAAUGAAUGGUGUGAACUUGUGGCCCAAACAGCCCGACCUUCGUUGGGUGGACGAAAAGGAAACAAUCCAUGUACCAUACCCUUCACACAAGAUGUGCAGAUGUUCUACAUGAACCUAGAAACAACAUCAGCUUCUGCCAGUGAAAGCAUAGAAAAGUAUGAAAGCCCACAGGUUUACAAUGCACUUUGCAGAGUAACCCUCGCACAAGCAUCGGUCUUAAGCAAAUGUGCACCCGAGGUUUCAAAAAUGACACUGGAGACAUUCCAGGAAAGAGACGACUCUACCCAAGGGUUGUCCAAACACUUCAUCAGGAUAAAUGUUCGGAGCAGGAGAGGCCAAAACAUUGCUGCCUUGUUGACCUCUGAAAUGGUCAGUGCAAUAAAUCUGCUUGUGAGCAAGAGAAAAGCAUGUGGCGUACACAAAGACAAUCCUUUCGUGUUUGCAAAGCCUGAUUCUUCUCCCACAAGCACCCACUCUGGAAAGAGCUGCAUGAAUUUCUUUUCAGGUCUGUGUGGUGCAAAGUACCCAUUACAUCUCACGUCGUUACAUCUUCAAAUGCACCUUGCAAGAAUCUUCCAGAUUCUCAACCUGGAGAGCGACGAGCUCAAUGACCUCUCUAAACUGUUGAGUCAGGACAUCCGGGCCGACAGGGACUAUUAUCGUUCGCCAGAGGCAGCCUUGGAACUUGCAAAAAUAGCAAAACUUCUUCUGGCAAUGGAAAAGGGUACUCUUGAAAGAUUCAAAGGAACAUCUCUGGACGAAAUUGAGAUUGGAGAUGAAUUGGAGUCAGAUACGGAGCAGGACAACUCUGAAAGUGAUGAUGGUGUUGAGUACUUUAAAGAAUCAGAUGUUUUCCUUCAGUGGAAGGAUGCUGCGGAACAACAAGGCCUGACUCCUGAGCAAGACGCCCUUGAGCACAUAAAGACAUGCGGAGACAAACCCUUCCUGGAGGAACGGCUUAUUGACCCCAUUAAAGGGAGGGGUGUGUUUACAAAUGAAUCCAUUGAACCAUCCACCUUUGUUGUUGAGUAUCGUGGGAACAUCUCCCGUCGCAAAGAAACCAGGAAAAAAAAGUGUGGGGACACUUUGAAAAACUAUUCAUUUGACUUCUCAUGGAUCGGAAGAGACUGGCGCAUUACAGCUUUGAAUGAAGAUGGGACCCUCGGGAGACUCGUGAAUGACGAUCAUAUAAGGCCAAACUGUGAAAUGAAGAAAAUUGUCUAUGAGGGAAAACCACACCUGUGCCUGUUCACCGUGACAGCAAUAUCUCCAGGCGAGGAGAUAACUUACAAUUAUGGAGACUCCUCUUAUCCGUGGCGCCCAAGGGAAUGCAGUGAACAGAAUACACCACAAACGGAUCUAAAUGCUGAAGAAUCUUCAUCUGAGGAUGCUGAGGAGUCAACAGGAUCCUUCAGUUCUGCAGCAUCCUGCUGUGACGAAGAAUACGUGCCGUCUUCUGAAAAGCAGAGCUUUGAAGAACAGGUUGAUGCCCCACACACCAGGCAGCAGGAAAACACUGAUUCAAGCUCUGAUGAAGAGCUCAAAGACCCCUCAUUCACCAAAAACAAUUAUUGUUACGUUUGCGGGGCAGCUCAGACUAAAAUUUCUAGGCACCUUUUUACCCAUAGAAAUGAAGAGCCUAAUAUAGCUGCAGUGUUAAAACUACGCAGAAACUCCAAACAACGAAAAGCUCUACUGAAUGAGUUACGUGACAGAGGAAAUAAAAAACACAAUCAAGAGGUGUUGAAGACUCGCUGUGGAGAACUUAAAGUGAGAAGGAGACCAAGCAUUCCCACCCCUACUCAAACCUAUGCAGCCUGUCUGUACUGUAAGAACAUAUUUGUUCGUGAGAAACUUAAGCGACAUAUGCCCAACUGUUCUGCAAAGAAGUCCUCAGAUCCUCAGAUAGGUAAAAGGACACAAGUUUCAGCUGCUGCGGAGUCAACAGACCCCAAACAAAUCUCAUCAGCUGUGAGGAAGUUGUUAAAAACACUGAAGAGGGAUGACAUUUCAUAUGAAAUCUGGAAUAGUCCCUUACUACUGCAGCUGGCACAGGUUAUGUACCCCAGGAAGGAAACAACAGCAAAAACAUACAGUUGUGUCAAAUUGAGGCUGAGACAAAUUGGACGACUCCUGUUAGCAUUGAAGAAAAAGUCGAUAUGUAGCUUGGAAGAUGCUACUAAACUGCAAAACUUCAGCAAAGUCGUUGAAGCAGUGAGAGAGCUCAGUGGCUUCAAUGAAGAAACCAUGUCCUGUGAAAAACCAACUCUCAUGAAUGAUUUAGGAAAUUCGCUUAAGAAAAUUGCUGAUAUUAGCUUUGCCACAGCUUGGAAAGAGAAUGCUGAUACAGAGAAGAUCCUUGAAGCACAGAAAUUCAUACAACUGUGUGAGAAAGAAUGGAACUUUGUCCCACUGAGAUCAGGUGCAAACAAUAUAGCAACAAUACCAUUCAUACAUGAUGUGCAGCUUUUCUAUCAGUGGAUACAGAAGACAGCAGCUUUGGCGGUUCAAAGUCUGACAAUGCAUGAAAGCUCUUCGGUCUACACUGCACUUAUGAGGGUGACAUCUGCAGAAGUGUCAGUCUUAAACAAAAAUAUGGCAGUAGUUUCAAAAGCAACGCUCAAGUCAUUCCUUGAACAGGACCAGACAGAGAUUCAUAAAGACGAUUCUGCUAGCCAGUCAAAGUUUGAAAAAAUGUUGUCCAACCACACCGUGAAGAUAAACGUUAAGACCAUUGGUGGCCAAAAAGUUACUGCUACAUUGACCCCUAAAUUGAUCACUGCACUAAUCCUGCUUGAGAACAAGAGAGAGGCAUGUGGUGUACAUACAGAAAAUCCCUUCUUAUUCUCAAGACCGGAUGGCUCACAUAAAAGCUUCUACCAGGGACAUCGCGUCGCCACCAGUUUUGCAGCUCGCUGUGGUGUAAAGAACUCGUCACACCUUCGCUUUGCACUUUUCCAUAAACAUAUUGCCAAAGUUUUCCAGAUUGUCAGCCUCACGAAUGACGAGCUUGGUCAGCUAGCCAAACUGUUGGGCCGCGACAUUCAGACUGACAGAGAGUACUAUCAGACGCCAGACGCAGCUGCUGACAUUGCAAAAAUCUCAGUGCUCCUGUCAGCAGUGGAGGAUGGAUCUCUUGAAAGAUAUGAAGGCAAAUCACUCAAGGAAAUUGACAUUCCAGAUGAAUUAGAGCUGGACAACUCCAAGAACAUUGAUCCUGAGGAGGACAAUGAAGAAUCAGAAAGUUCUCUUCUGCUGCGAAGUCUUCCAUUCACAAAAGACUCUUCUGAAACCAAAACAAUUCCUUUCCAAAAGAAACGUAGGCGAGCCCCGAAAAAGAGGCCGGACAGUGAUUCUUCUGAGAUGAGCGAUGUGGAAAAUGUCAUCCGAAAAUGUCAUCCUUCUCUGUUUUCAGAGAACACAGAGAAGGAUGACCGGUCACAGAAGAUGCCUGAGAGCUCUGCUGUUAUCACGCCUGAGAAGACCAUGUCUCCUACCAACGAGGAUGCUACACACAUGUCUUUCAGUGAUGGUGAUGAUGACAUGAAUGCAGACUUUGACAUGGACACAGAUGAAGACACUGUCAGAAAUGAGGAAAAUCAUGAAGAACGUGAAACGACGCCUUUGAUAACAGAUGUGACGGAGCAGGACAAUGACAGCAGUGAUAGUCAGAAGAACAAUUGUUCACUUAACAAUCGUGCAACGGAUGCAGAGCUUGAAGAGACAAUGGAAGGUGAUACAGCAAACAACAUGGAUGUGGAUAUCAGGAGUUCCCCUGACUUCAUAAAUGCAGAAAAGAAGAACAAAUUAUUAGCUGCAGUCGCUGGAAUGAAAAAAGUGAAGAUAUUAAUCCCCAAACUUGACAUUGAAAAGUUUCAGACUUCAGUCCACAUUUCCCAAUUACCCUCCGAUUGUAACUCCGUCAAAUCGCCAGUGAAAGAUCCGUCCAUCCAUGAGGAAAACAAGCAAACAAACUCUACAUCCAAAAACGUCAGAGACAAGCCGAGCUUUGCAAAGGCGACGCAGAUGAACUGCUCCUACUGCAAGAAAAGCAUGAUGAAGGGCCAAACAGCUUACCAGAAGAAGGGAUUCACAGAUGUCUUCUGCUCCAAAAACUGCCUUUUUGAAAUAUUCCCUAACAACAAACCAGACACCAAGUCCUGUCACCACUGCCUCAAGGCGAUAUCAAAGCCUCUGGACCUCAUCAUGGCUGCAGUGGACACUAAAGGAACUAUAAAGGACUUCUGCUGUCCCACCUGCCUCAUCUCCUUUAAGUCCAACCCUGUAUGCACCCAAACACCACAGCAGCUCUGCAGCAUGUGCAACAAAUCCUGCACUACCACCUGCAAGUUAACCCUGAAUGAAGAUGUCCACACGUUCUGCAGCAACUCCUGCCUGGAGGGUUUCCUCGGGGAGAUUAAGGCCGUCUGUGAGAUCUGCAGCUCAACCUGCCGCAACAGACCUCUGAAGCUGGAGGUGGAUAAGGAGACCAAGACCAUCUGCAGUGAGAACUGUCUGCGCCAGUUCAUAGAGAAAAUCAACACACCCCACCAAUGCAUCUUGUGCCACACACCUCACCCGAUGUCCGAAAUGCUUGAUUACAAAAACAAGGAGAACAUGGUGAAGCUCUUCUGCUCCAGCCAAUGUGUGGCGUCGUACAAGCUGUGGCCUGGAAAUGAGAACAAGCUUCAAGAAAAGAAAAGCUGUCGUCAGAGGAAGAAGAAAAGCGACAAGCAGUCAGAACAAAUAUUAAAUACUGAAGAGGGAAAGAUCAGUGAGCCCUCCACUGCAAGCGAAAAUGAUGCAUCUGCAGAAGUCAUAACUACACUCCUCUUUGAAUGUUCAUCGGUUGCUUGUUGCAACUGUGGAAAGACACUGCAGCGGGGAGAGACGCUUUACAAGCCAAAGAGCUCCGAGGAGAGUUUUUGCUCACCAGAAUGCCUCGCCAAAAAGCAUCCCCACAUGAAAUUUGUCACCAAAACGUGCUACAACUGCUUCCAGUAA